AUGGUUUACAACAUUGCGCCGCAGGCCCCGCCGCAUUCACCCUAUGACACGGCCUCACAUUAUCAACCGCGGCACUCUGCGGCCAUUGAAGUAUUGGCGACACAAUUUGGGGUCCCACAGUACUACCCAACGGACGAGUCGCCCGCCCCGGAAUCUGCUCAUUACUUAACCACACAAGUCCAACACACUCCGUAUUCACAGUCUCCUUCUGCCGCUCGUCCACAUAUCGUGACUUCAUUCUCGGAGACUAUGGCUGGUUUUAACGCCCCAGUUGCGCCGGAGUCGCUUAACACGUCGGAACGGCCCAGAGAGCCUUCCUCGGGCCUAGAAGAUGCGUAUAACCAGUACCAGCAAGCCUUGCGACAAACAUUUGAAAACAUUCGUAUUGGGCGAUUGAUCCCUGCAAGUCGAUCUCUCGUUGAAAUGUCGGAAUGGCUACUAGGAAAUGCUGUGGACCUUGGCCUUGUUCGCGAUGAAGAGCACUUGCACACUGACCGGAUUAAAUUGUGGGAUGAGUUCAACACUUGCUGGCUAGCACUCUGUCAAAAACAAAAGGAUACUACACAAUCGAUGUUCGACUCCGGAGCUCCAACACAGGAGAUGUUAACGGAAGAAAUUCUUAGCAAAAUGGGAAGAGAUCUGGUCCGGUUAUGCGAUAGAAUCGAGCAGUAUGGAUUAGUCGAUUAUCAAAUGGGUGUAUGGGAAGAGGAGAUUUUGAGUGUCAUUAGUCAAUGUCUUGACCUUUUAGAAGAAUACGAAGAGACAACUUCGACCACUCGUAGCCAACUUGGCGCUGCCGGUCGUUAA